AUGGAGAAGUUUGUGGGCUGUGCGGUCCCCCGGCGGUCUGGAGGCUAUGUGAUCGGAGAGGGACGGAGUUUUGGAGCGCUGGACUGGGAGUCCAAGUCCAUCUCCACCAUCGCUGUCAUCGAUGAAGACAAACCCAACAACCGCUUUAAUGACGGCAAGGUGGACCCUGCUGGACGCCUCUUUGCAGGUACCAUGGCGAUAGAGGAACGUCCUACAGUUCUAGAGCUGAAGCAGGGUUCUCUGUUCUCCCUGAACAAGGACCACAUUGUAGUCAAACAUUUCAAUCAGGUGGACAUCUCAAACGGUCUGGACUGGUCUCUGGACCACAAAACCUUCUACUACAUAGACAGCCUCACCUACACUGUGGAAGCUUUCAACUAUGACAUCAACACCGGGAGUAUCAGUAACCGGCGGAUGGUGUAUAAGAUGGACGAGGGGGAGGGGAUUCCUGAUGGCAUGUGUAUUGACGCAGACGGUAGACUCUGGGUCGCCUGUUACAGUGGAGGCAGAGUGAUACAGAUUGACCCACAGACAGGGGUGCGUUUGCAGACAGUGAAGCUACCGGUGGAUAAGACAACAUCAUGUUGUUUCGGGGGUAGAGACUAUUCAGACCUGUACGUGACCUCAGCCUGUAAGGGAAUGGAUGAGGCAGACAUGGCCAAGCAACCGCAGGCAGGAUGUGUCUUUAGGAUCACAGGCCUGGGUGCAAAGGGCAUUCCUGCCAAUUCAUUCACUGGAUGAGUGACACAACGGAAACACUGAAAACCGCCCCUUGUCAAUCAUUCCAUGAUGAUCAACCAGUAACUCGGCUGCACAACUGAACUGCGCCCACUGACCACUAAUCUCUCUAAUAAAAUAAUGUGACUUUAUGAUUUUAAGCAAAACUCAACAUGCCUCAGUUAUAGUUACUGUACUUCAUGUAUUCGUAGGUUAUUGUAUAUCUUCUGUCCAAUAAAAAAGCUACAAUUGA